AUCCAGUUGGCUUGGGUUGGGGCGUUUCACAACGAUGGAUUGACGACGAACGGCCAGUAGCAGUCGCCAUGUUUGGAAAGGACGAGGCGUCCUUAGCUGCGGUAAAAUGCUGAGAUUGCGGCGAAUUACGUGCGAUUGGGCAUAAACGCGGUACACCCGGACCAAGUGCGAGCCGCCCCGAAGACGAUCCUUGUAUUUUGAGAGUCGGAUGGCCCACCAAUGCGUCGAUAUUUCGUGAUUACAUGAUGAUAUGUUGUUAGCAGUGAUCUUCAACUUCAACAUAAUCUUUGUGAACGAAGUAUAGGCGAUGAGUGAUGAAACUCCAGGGGCAGGACACGGCUCCAUGCCCCUGCGGGAGGGCGCAGCCUCCAGGCCUGUUAGGUUUACCCAAGUCUCUGGAGGCCAGUACGUCCUCACAACUCAGUCCCAUUCAGUACCUGCCUUAACUCAAAUAAGUGGAACAGCAGGUAUAGUCCAACAAAAUGUGAAUUUGCAACAGGGUGGCGUAACGCGUAUAAUAAGUAUAAGUCCGUCGAGUAGUCAAUCAACGUCAUCGCAGUUGCGACCGAGCCAAACGAACCAGAGUAUUGUAAAAGCUUUAACCACGAAAUCCAGACCUAAUGCGAACGUGCGGCUGCAGCUCUUCGGCGAUGGCGGGACGAGAUCUUCGUCGGCGAGGACGCCGAUCAAAAGGUCGCUUCCGGCCACCCCGGAAAAGAAGGACACGUACGCGGCGAAGCUGCAGCGGGUGAUGAACCACAGGAAUGUGCGCUCGAAGAUCGUCCGGGAAAAGUAUAAUGAACAUUUAUUAGAGAAUUAUCACUUGGAGGUUGGAGGCAACAUCCUGGACCUGUAUCAGUUCGCCAAGCGGCCUAAGACGCAGCAGUUCCUUGCUUACAUCAAGGAGAACGCUAUAGACCCCAAGGAGUACCAGCAGGACGAGCCUAAUAACAUAGGUCAAACUGUGCCGCCGAUGCCCACGGCGACGGCGGUCAGCUCGUUACCUGGUAUGUCCUCGCAUGCUUCAGUACCGACAACCUCAACACCUCCGACUGUUGUACAUACUACGACCACUACCACCUCCACUGCACAAUCUCAUCAAGAGAAAGAGCCCGUCAAGACCAGCAGCUCCACAACGACGAACAAGAUCAAAACUCCCGUCACAUAUCUUCCCAAUCCGCCGAACAAUCAAGAGCAGAUCGUCGAGAAGGCGAAGCAGGAGGCGUAUGUAGUGCAGAGGAUAAGCGAUCUCCAGAAGGAAGGGCUGUGGAGCGAGAAGCGGUUGCCGAAAGUGCAGGAAAUGCCUAGGGUGAAAGCCCAUUGGGAUUUCCUGCUGGAGGAGAUGGUGUGGUUGGCCGCGGAUUUUGCGCAGGAGCGCAAAUGGAAGAAGGCUGCUGCUAAGAAAUGCGCUCGAAUGGUGCAAAAGUAUUUCCAGGACAAGGCUUUAGCGGCGCAGCGGGCGGAGAAGGCACACGAGCAACACAUUCGGCGGGUGGCUGCGUUCUGCGCGAAGGAAAUCAAGAAUUUCUGGAGCAACGUGGAGAAACUGGUAGAGUACAAACAGAACACCCGACUGGAGGAGAAGCGGAAAAAGGCUCUCGACCAGCAUUUGAGUUUCAUCGUCGACCAAACGGAGAAAUACUCGCAGCUGCUAGCAGAAGGCAUGAACAAACCGAUUAAUGACACCAGUACUGUAAGCAAUCCCGUCUCACGAACAAAUUCAGAUGAUGAGUUUCAACCAGACACUGAAAAUGAUAGUGACGAUGAAGAAACGAUCGCUCAGGAAGAAGCGGCAGAUACUGCUGAGAAAAGUGAAGAAGUUGCUGCUCUUCAGAGAGAAUCACAGAUGGAUUUUGAAGACUUCCUAAGUGAAUUACCCAAAGACUACUUACAGAAUAGGGAUAAAAUUAGAUUGAGUGCUAGUGAAGAUGAAGCAGAAAGUUCUGGGAAUGAAGACAAUGACAAGCCUAGCGGUAGCUCGAAGCCAUCAAAGUCAAAAAAGAAAGAUGAAGAUUUCAAAGCAGAUUUCAGCAGUGACGACGAUGAAGAUACUAUACAAGAACAGGAGAAGGCAGAAGGCGCUCUAGACCAUAAAGAGGAACUAGAUGAUCUGAAUGCCGAAGCCGAGAUGGACAUUGAAGAAUUGCGACGGAAGUACGCGAGUUUGCCUGCAACAGAGGAAGAUUCUAACAUGUCUGCUGUUACGACAGAAACUAGCAAUAAGUCGUCUGAUUACGAACCCGAUGAGGGCGAUGACAGUAGCGACUCUGGUGAUGAUUCUGGAAGUGAAAGCGACUUGCCACUACCCGCCAUGGAGAUAUCCGAAGCUGAGGAAGAAGAUGAUAAAGAGGUCGGAUUGAAAUCUCUACUUGACGACACUAAAGAGGGAGAAGAUACAAAGACUGAUAACAAUGACCUUAUCAAUGAUGCUGCUGCGAUUGCAGAAAGUAUACAACCUAAAGGAAACACAUUGUCUUCCACAAGCGUUGUUACAACAGUGCCGUUCCUACUGAAGUUACCAUUGAGAGAGUACCAACAUAUUGGUUUGGAUUGGCUCGUGACAAUGUUUGAAAGGAAACUGAAUGGUAUCCUGGCUGAUGAAAUGGGCCUUGGAAAGACGAUACAAACCAUUGCGUUGCUUGCUCAUUUAGCAUGCGAAAAAGAGAACUGGGGACCGCAUUUGAUAGUAGUUCCUACCUCCGUGAUGCUGAAUUGGGAGAUGGAGUGCAAAAAGUGGUGUCCGGGUUUCAAGAUCUUGACCUAUUACGGAACGCAGAAGGAGCGUAAAAUGAAGCGCACCGGAUGGACGAAACCCAACGCCUUUCACAUCUGUAUAACAUCAUACAAGCUAGUCAUCCAAGACCAUCAGAGUUUCCGGCGGAAGAAGUGGAAGUACCUGAUCCUCGAUGAAGCUCAGAACAUCAAAAACUUCAAAUCGCAGAGGUGGCAACUGCUGUUGAAUUUCCAAACGCAGCAACGUCUUUUGCUCACCGGUACACCUCUACAAAACAACUUGAUGGAACUGUGGUCGCUCAUGCAUUUUUUGAUGCCCAACGUGUUUCAAUCGCACAGGGAGUUCAAGGAAUGGUUCUCGAAUCCUGUCACGGGGAUGAUCGAGGGAAACAACGAGUACAAUGAGAAUAUUAUCAAAAGAUUGCACAAGGUGCUCAGGCCUUUCUUGCUGAGGAGGUUAAAGUCCGAAGUGGAGAAGCAAAUGCCAAAGAAGUACGAGCACGUUAUUAUGUGCAGAUUGUCGAAGCGGCAGAGAUUCCUUUAUGAUGACUACAUGUCCCGGGCAAAGACGAAAGAAACUCUAGCAAGUGGAAAUUUGCUGAGCGUAAUCAAUGUUCUUAUGCAAUUGAGAAAAGUUUGCAAUCAUCCAAACUUGUUUGAAGUCAGACCUACGAUAUCUCCGUUCCAUUGCGAAGGCAUUCUAGAACACAUACCAUCAAUAAUCUAUUCAGCUCUUUCCUAUGAUGUCUGGAAGGAUAUUGAUUUGAACUCUCUGAACCUGAAUCUGCUGCAGUUGGAAUACAACUACAGCGCGUAUCAGUGUUACCGAUUGCGUCAGUAUUGUACACCAAAGAAGUUGAUCGAAGAGAUCGAUGCGACCGAAGUGGAACAGACUCCCCCUUGUCCACCAUCCAGGUUGAGUCUGAAGGUGCACAAGAACAACGUGAACAAAGCCAUCAAAGCAGAGAUGAGAGAAGAGGAGAAGGUGGUACCAGCGCCACCUCCGGUUGUAGCUCAGCAAAACCAAACUAAUCAGAAGUUGAAUAUCCUGGGGAAGUCUUACGGGAUGAUCAAAGCUUUGCAAAUCGCCGGGUCAAGCGCAACCACGCAAUCAUCUGGUGGGAUAUCAAAUAUCCCGAUCCCAGGAUUCGCACAAUUAGUCCAAACCUCUACUGGCAAACACAUCUUGCUCACACCAACGUUGAACGCGAAUAACAUCGGGAUUUCAGGAACGACGACAACAGUGAGGACAUCUAGUGGUCAAAAAUUGACAGUAUUAUCGAAGCAGCCAGUUGCAACCACGGCGAAUGCCACACCUUCUCCUUCUAUUGCUAAAGCUAUAGUAAAGGUACAGUUGACUUCCUUAACAUCAACCGCUAUGUCUUCUGAAGAAAAUAAACUUGACGACAAUGGAAGCCGGAAAACGGUCGGCACAAAAUUCAUAGAGAAACUAUACUUGCACAAUUCCAAAAGUACUAGGAACUUGGAUGUUCGGUGGCAGAACUCCGACGAUAAAUUGGACAUCAAAGAAGAAAAAAUGGAUCAGAGUGAGGAAAAUUCUGAGGAAAACCACAGGAUGAAACUGAAUCUGAUUGCGCGUGUGAAUCAAACCCGAUGCAGCGCGGUUCCCAUUUACGGAAAGGACUUUAUUGAAGGGAUGCAAGUGUUGAGUUUACCGAACCAUAAAUCGUGGGUUGGUGGUUUGAGGCAUUGCUCGAACGUGCAAUGGGGUAGAAAAAUCGAUUGCACAACUGACGCUCUCAAGGAACUCAUCUAUACACCUGUCCAGAGGAUAGAAGAGUUGACUGACAUUUUCAAUAGAUAUAUUGUUUACGUACCUGCCGUUCAUGCUCCAGAGCCUGAACUUCAAAUUUGGAAUCCUCAUCCCAGUCUGUACUGGGGUAGGAUCAACGAGAAGAAAAUGUUGGUUCAAGAGCUUAUGGAACCGACGACGCCGCUCCAUCAAGUCGCUUCAGCCAUGGUCACUCAAUUCCCUCAUCCCAGACUUAUACAAUACGACUGUGGUAAAUUGCAAAGAUUGGAUCGUUUGUUAAGGAAAUUGAAGUAUGGCAGUCAUCGAGUUUUAAUCUUCACGCAAAUGACGAAAAUGCUCGAUGUACUCGAAGCUUUUCUCAAUUUUCAUGGUCAUAUUUAUCUGAGAUUGGAUGGAUCCACCAAAAUAGAUCAGCGACAGAUAUUGAUGGAACGCUUUAAUGGAGAUGCAAGGAUAUUCGCCUUCAUUUUGUCCACCCGUUCAGGCGGCGUUGGUGUCAACUUGACCGGAGCAGAUACUGUGAUAUUUUACGAUUCCGAUUGGAAUCCAACUAUGGAUGCUCAAGCUCAAGACAGAUGCCAUCGUAUCGGCCAGACGAGAGAUGUCCAUAUUUACAGACUUGUUAGUGAAAUGACUAUUGAAGAAAAUAUUCUCAAGAAAGCAAAUCAGAAACGUUUGUUAGGUGAUUUAGCUAUCGAAGGAGGAAACUUCACCACAGCGUACUUCAAAAGUACAACGAUUCAAGAUAUAUUUAAUAUUGAUGCAACGGAAGAAAGUGCCGCAAAUAGGAUGUCAGAAGUUGUUGAAAUUAGUAGAGAACGUGAGAAGGCUUCAGAGGAGAAUAACCAUUCGAAUGAUGAGAAAACUGCAAUGGGUGCGCUCGAAAGUGCUUUGGCAGCGUGCGAAGAUGACCAAGAUGUGAUAGCGGCACGCACUGCGAAGGCCGAAGCUGUUGCAGAUUUAGCGGAAUUCGAUGAGAAUAUACCUUUGGAAGAUCAAGAAAAGGAUAAGGAACCUGAGAUCAGUAAGGCAGAGCAAGAAGUGGAAAAUCUCGUGAAACAGCUGACACCAAUUGAACGGUACGCAAUGAGGUUCAUCGAAGAAACUGAAGCCGCUUGGUCUGCUGAGCAAUUGGCAGCAGCAGAGCGUGAAAUUGAAGAUCAGAAACGGGAAUGGGAGGAGAAUCGAAUAGCUGCCAUGAAGGAAGAGGAGCUGCGUCGAGCCAGGGAACUGGAGGAGGAGAGCGAGUUGCUCACUUUCCCACGGGAGGAUGCAACAAAUCAGAUUUGGGUAUGCGAUAAUACCAACGAGCAAAUGCCGAUGUGGUGUCCUCCGACUCCUCCGCAGCAAGAUGGCGAUAUGUAUCUUGAUCAGACCAUGUCAUUCCUAUACGACACCGGUGUCAUGACUGAAAAUCAAUUGCCUCCGCCAUAUGUAAAGAAGGAAGUUAAGAGAACUCGCUCAGAGGCAGGUCUACCAGAUCCACGUAGAGGUGCCGUCAAGAUUCGGAAAGAGGAAAGCACGUAUCCGCCGCGUUCGCUAUUCGAAAGACCUUCACCUACGUUGUUGAAGAUCCGAAGAAGCGAUGUCAGGUUACACAAAUUCAGGGGGACUAUUUAUAAGUCAACUGGGCCGGUGCCGGGUGUUAAGUAUCCGACGGUGAAGCCGUCGAUCGAACCUCCGUGCUUGCACAAUUGGACUAUUCACGAAGAUAACGCUCUUCUGAAGGUUGUUCAGACUUAUCAAGGUUCUGCUCUAAAUCUUAUGAUCAGACAGGCGGGUCACACGCUCAAUUGGGAUUUCGUUGCGGAUUACGUAAACACAGUGUCGAUUGCCUAUCGAUCCCCGAAGCAGUGCCGGAAUCGCUAUGAAAAUGUUCUAGUUGAUAGGGAGGAAGGCAAGCAGGCUAUGGAUACAUCACCGCGUAAGAAAAAGAACCAAAAGGGACAGAACGUGUAUAAGUUCCCCAUCCCGAACAAAUCGAAUAGUAGACCUAUGUGCACAUCACAGCUCUACCAGCAGGACAAUAAUAUAAGCUUCACGCAAUUGAUUACACAAAGGCAUGAUACUUUGAUGACGCUGGUAUCGACGAAGAAGACCAGCAUUGCGAAGCCUGUAGUAAGCAAUCCGUUGCUGAAAAACCCAAAGCACGCGAUGAUAUUGAGCGAUGCUGGUAUCGAUAUAGACCAUCCUAUUUUACCGGUGGAGGUAGCAGCCAGAAGGGCGGAGCGUACAGCCAGAGAAAAGAAGAUUACACCGGAAAUGGCCCAAAAGAUCCAGAUGAUGCGUGCUGCUCAGAAUGCGAGCGCCGCAGCUGCGGCUUCCUCUUCCUCUGCUUCAGCAUCAACAGCGAGUCCGGUGCAUUCAUCAUCUCCGUCUCCUCAAAUAACUGUAGUUCAAACCUCCGCUCCCGCCAUUGUUUCGUCAACUGUGACUCCUAACACCCCGCCGACCACCUUGAGAGCUCAAAGGAUAGUAGCGUCGCCUCUGCAGAAUUCGACGGUCGUUUCUGUUUCAGGAAUAACACCGGCGCAAUUGCAAAACGCGACCCAGCGACUGAUUGUUUCAGGAACUGGUAGUCAAGCGAAGGCUACGGUCGUUAGCCCUGCGGGAACGGUGUCCGCAAAGAGUAUAAGUCCAGCGCAACUGCACCUAAUCAGACAAGCUAGUUUAAAACAGCAACUUCGGCUUCAGUCCGGAAGCUUGGCUGCGCAAGGUGUGAAGACUACCACCGUGACUAUAGCUGGUCAACCAGCUGUGCAGGUACAAUUCACACAAGCGCAACAGAAGACUCAGUAUAUAAAACCGGGAACGGUGACUGUUUCCGGAAAGCAAGGCAUGCUGCCUAGGACUAUAACUGAAUCUGAGAUGGCGCAGUUGAUCAAGAGACAGAAUAUCGCUCAGAAGUUCGUCGCUGGACAGCAUGGGGCGUCCAUGCAUAGUCUGAGCCCUCAGGUGAUUCAAGCCUUACAAGCAGGUCCGUCUGGAACUCAGGUUGCUACUUUAGUCAAAGCAGUCUCGAGCGCUGGUGUCACGCAAACUGUGAUCGGGACACCUGUGAAGGCUUUAUCUCAGGGCUUGAAGGCGACUCCUCAGCAGCAACUGCGCACGCUGCAGAUCCAUCAUCAGCAGAUUCUAGCUCAGAAGAAGCUUGCCAACUCGAAGAUUGCGGGUAUCGCCCAGGUUGCCGGUAAGAGCGGCGUCGCGACUCAGCUGAUCGUCGGCUCGAAGCCCAUGUCUACGGCGAUGACCGUGCAGCAGUUGCAUCAGGCGAUGCGAGCGCCCAUUAACCAAGGGCCCGUUUUACUUGCCAAAGGUCCGCCCCCCCGUGUUAUACCACUUAACGGUCAGGGGACAAAACCGACCAUUCAAGUAAGAAAAUACAAGCAGUUGGUCGUACAGGCUUCGCAGGGCGGUAUUACUACGACCAUAAGGCCCCAAACGUCUUCCACGUUGGCCGGAGCAUUGACCGGUAUAAAGGUACAAGGUUCCGCCCAGAACCAGCAGACCAUUCUUACGCACGUGUCCGCAGCCCUACAAGGGCAGCACGUGCGUCAGAAUAGUCCGGUGCGGAUACAAACGACGAGCGGCACGCCCCUCGUCGCCGUAACUGUCCAAUCGGGCAGUCCGAACGUUGUACAGCCCGGCCUCUCACAACAAAACGCCGAAAAAGGGGCGGAUCAUGUAAGUAGAUUUUUGAAGAAGUAAACAAAAAAAAAACAAACCACAAAUCACCACCCUACACCAGUUCAGGCCCCUCCUCCACCACAACCAACGUUCGAGCUCAUUUAUAUAAUCUCGCGUUCUGACGAUUUAUUAUUAUUUUUUUACGUAGUUUGUGUAUAAAGUGCAUUUCAGUAUUC